AUGAGUAAUACAUGGAGGAGUAUAGCACUGGCGUUCCAUUCCCAACCGAUUCCGCAGUCGUUGCAGGUUCUUCUGGCUUGCGUUUCCGAAGCAGAUCGGUUGGAAUGGGCCUACGAGGAAAGUUUGGAAACUUCGUUUUACGCUAAGGCUUGUGGCAGUUAUAUGCCAUUUAUGCAGACAGCCAUGAGCUGUUAUAUGUCACUGACGGAAAAAGGGCAAGCAAGUAUUACAGACCGACUGGAUAGCUACAGGAAUACGUGCAGCAGUGUGGCAGGCACGAAUUUCUCGCAAAACCAGAUCUGGGACAUCUGGCGCAACGGGACGCAGUUUCUACAGGACCCUCAGCAGGACGUCAACGUCGUUGGACAGCGUCUCUCAGCGCCCGUACAAUUAUCCAAAAGUGCCAUUUCUGCGACUUACCGAUACUAUUACUACACGUUCUACAAUUUGACUGCCGCUUUUGACUUCAAUCUGGUGAUCAACGGUAGCGUUUUAGUCUUAGUUUUGUUUGCCAUUUGGGCCCGCUACACUCGUUGCAACGGAAAAUUCGUGAGGACUGCAAGGUCCAAAUUUUUGGUCCCCGCAUUGUUCGAUACAACGCAUCAUACCGAAAGCAGACCUCUUCCCUUCUAUAAGGUGCUUCUGCCUACCAGAGGCGAUGCUGUGGCCUUGACAAUAUUCCUCCUGACAAACGCAGCAAUCUCAUUGUACAAUUUCCAGGUUGUAAGUUCGAACGUGGACACCAAGUUUUUCUUUCUGGUGCGAUGCGUCGCGAACCGGUGUGGUGGGCUAGCCUUUGGUUUAAUCCCCCUCACGGUUCUUCUCGCCGGAAGAAAUAACCCAUUGCUUAAGCUCACGGGCGUUCCGUACUCGAACUUGAUAUUUUUUCACAAAUGGGCAGCACGGACAAUGACGCUGUAUGCAUUUGUCCAUUCACUGCUGUGGACCGUGUAUGUGGUUGUGCGAUUGAAGGAAUCCUUCUGGUUUUUCUUCUUUGAUUUCGGGUACUGGAGAUGGGGUGUCUGGGCCACAUUGGCAGCCCUUGGGUUGAUAUUUCACUCAAUUCACUCGAUAAAAGCUAGACAGUAUGAGAUUUUUUUGACGAUCCAUAUCGUGUUGGCCUUGGUAUUUAUUGUGGGAUGCUUGAAGCACUGUGCUACUUUUGGAUGGCUAGGAUGGAUAUACCUAGCCAUAGGAUUUUGGGCUUGGGACCGGGCCACUCGGCUUUGGCGUCUAUUCUUCAAUUUUGGCGGUUACAGAAACGCUUAUGCUCGCUGCAUAUCAGCUCAGGAAGAACUUUUCCAAAUCACUGUGCCGCACGUUGAAUCCAAACGAUUCCAGUUUUUCCCAGGAUGCUACGGAUUUCUGUACUUCUUGGGACGCAAAUGGUUUUGGCAAUCGCACCCUUUCACGCUGAUGUGUGGUAAAGACAAUUUGGAAGUUAUCGUGAGGGCCAAGAAGGGCCUUACCAGAGAACUAUUCGAGACCCUCCCACACGAUGGCACAAAAGCUCCCUUGAGGAUUGCAAUUGAGGGCCCAUACGGCCAUGAGGCUCCACUGGCACUCCAUGACAACGCUCUACUGAUUACAAGCGGCGCGGGUUUGCCAGGCCCGCUCAGUUACCUGAGCAAAGCUGCUGAUCGAAUGGAUGAAGCCGGCAACUACACAUUUGUUUGGAUUGUGCCCACUGAAGCAUUUCUGGCCUCCAUGCAGAAUACAUUUACAAGCAUAAGCGAGAAGAUCCGCAUACAGGGUGCAAAGAGACGGAUAAAGAUUCACAUUUACGUUACUCGACCUCAGCAGAACGAUGCUUUUGCGGAGGACUGGUGGCCGAAAGAGAUACAAGUGCACAGAUACAAGCCCGAUGUGGGAGAACUCGUGAGUGAGUUUUGCAAGUCCGCAAUUGGGAGUAUUGGUGUCGUCUCGUGCGCGAACCCUGGACUUGACGACAAAAUACGGCAUUACGUUGCGGGCCACAUAAUGCAUCACGAGGGCCGCAUAGACUACUACGACGAACUGCAGGUGUGGUGA